AUGUGGGAAUCUAUUCUGUUGACUGUGGCUGCAACCGCCGGCAAUAACAUCGGAAAGAUCCUUCAGAAGAAGGGCACUGUUAUUCUUCCACCUCUUUCGUUCAAACUUAAGGCAUGUCAUAAGGUCUUAUGCUUCAAACAGAACCUGGGUGAUAGGUUUUCUAAUGGAUAUAUUCGGGGCAUUAUUGAUGUUAAGGGCAUUGUCUCUGUGAUCCAACCAGUUUCUGGCUGUGGACUAGCAAUUCUGUCAAUCUUUUCUCAUUUUUAUCUCAAGGAAGUCAUGAAUGCUGUUGAUUGGGUUGGCAUUACAUUAGCAGGUUUUGGCACAAUAGGUAAAAACCUGAACAAUGGACUGAAAUUUUCUGGAGUUUUCCUCCUAUUUAUUACUUUGGCUGCUAAGAAAACUAAGUUUGUGAUGCAGGGAGUUGGUGCUGGAGGCGAGGAGCAAGAGGUGGUUGCUCUAUCUAUUUUUCACAUACCAGGGCUGACAUUUGUUGUUUUCAUCUUGUUUGUAGUAAGGCAAGAUGUUGUGAGAAAAUACUUGAAAUCAUUGAGAAAGAAGCAUAGUGGUAUUGUAAUGGAAUAUGAUGUCGUGGAGGAAAUCAUCUAUGGCUUGGAAUCUGGUAUUUUGUUUGGGAUGUCAUCUGUAAUAUCAAAGAUGGGAUUUCUAUUCCUGGAUCAUGGUUUUCCCAAGUUGUUGACUCCUGCAUGCAUCAUGAUAAGUGUCUGUUGUAGUGGCACAGGCUUUUACUACCAGACACGUGGUCUAAAGCAUGGAAGGGCUAUUGUAGUUUCUACGUGUGCAGCUGUGGCAUCAAUUUUGACUGGUGUUCUUGCUGGGAUACUUGCUUUGGGUGAGCGACUUCCUUCAGAACCAAAAGCUCGCUUGGCACUUCUUCUUGGAUGGCUACUUAUUAUUGUGGGUGUGAUUUUACUUGUUGGUUCAGCACGGUUAGUGAAAUUUCUUUCUUGUUCUUCAAAGCGAAAAAGAAGCAAUGUGGAUAAGAAUUUUGGCAUUAGAAGAACCACUUCUUCCCGUGCGAGGGAACCAAGUCCAAGUGCUAUCAUUCAAGCAACAACAUUAAAUCAUUUACUAUCAUCAUCUUCCAAAGAAAAAGCCUGA